AUGCGGCCGCCGCCGAAGAAACCAAAGGAAGUGCAGCCGGUGCCGAAGCAACUCAAGGUGCAUAACCCGGAGAAUGAGCCCCUCUCUCGCUUCUUCCUGGAGAAGUGGCGGGCGAUGAUGCAGGAGCCGGACGGGCUCUCGCCGAACAACUACCUCGCCUUCGCCAAAGCCAACUGCAGCCUCUGCUCCUCCAAGGAGCCAAUCCGGACCCUCAAGGACUUCUCGAACGUCAAGGGUGUGGGACCAUGGCUCAUACAACAUAUGAAAAGUUUCUUUGCAGAGUCGAAUCAGGAUUUAUCUCCUGCAAAAGGAAAGAAACCAAAAGGGACAAAAAGUUAUUUACCAAGGAAGAACACUGCUGCUUAUGCCAUACUAAUAACACUCCUUAGGGCAAAGGCUAACGGGAAAGAUUUUAUGAUGAAACAAGAGCUUAUUGAUGCUGCUGAAGCCAGUGGCCUGUCACGAGACGCGAUUGGUCCAAAUAAAAGUAAAGCAAAACAGAGUUACGGGAAGGACUGGUACACUGGUUGGAGCUGCAUGAAGACACUGCUCUCUAAUCGACUUGUCACCAAGUGGAGUAACCCAGCAAAGUAUAUGCUAACUCAAGAAGGGGAAGGCACUGCGCGUGAAUGUCUUUCACGGUCUGGAUUAGAUGAUUCUCACGACACAUCUGCUAUGAAUCCUUCUGUUGCCAGGCACAGUCCUGGGCUUGUCGGUGGCAGUUCUCUGACAAAAAAGAAGAGCGGUUGCUACCGUCAAGUUCAAACUACUAAUUACGAAGGAAUCAUCUGCUGUGAUUCAGAUUCAGAUUCUGAUUCAGAAGAGCCAUGUGGAAAGAACAUUCCCCUAAAAGGCAAGGAGCCUAUUACUAGUUGUGGACUGCCAGAUAUUCCUCUUCCAUUCCAAGGAACACCCGAGCUGCAAUCUUCUACAAUGGGUUCUGCUAAACUAGCUAUGCCACCUCGUCGGGCCAAUGAAAACUUCCUUGAAGCUUAUGAAGUUAUUUUAAUAUUGGAUGAUCGUGAAAAAUUCGGGUCUCGUUCAAGAAAAGUUGCUGAUAACAUUCGUUCACAGAGCCAUUUUGGUGUAGAGGUUAGACAGUUACCUGUGGGAGAUGGUAUUUGGAUUGCCCGUCAUAAGGAAGAUCACACAGAGUAUGUUCUGGAUUUCAUUGUUGAAAGGAAAGAGGUUAUGGAUUUAGAUGGCUCAAUUGAAGACAACCGAUACAAAGAUCAGAAAUUCAGGAUGCAGAAAUGCGGGCUGAGGAAGUUGAUAUAUCUUGUUGAAGGUGAUCCAAACCGUGCACCACAGAGGGUUAAAACAGCCUGUUUCACCACUGAGAUUGUCGAUGGAUUUGAUGUUCAGAGAACUACUGGGUUUGCUGAUACUCAGAAGAGAUAUAUUGAUCUUACGCAUUCAGUAAUAGCAUACUAUGAUGCAAAUUUCUCGAUUGUUGGUAAAACUUCUCAUGUUUGCCCAACCUUUGAUGAGUUUAAGAGAAAGUGUUGUGAGCUUAAGAAGAAAACAGUGAGUGACAUAUUUGCCCUUCAGCUUAUGCAGGUGCCAAAAGUAACAGAAGAAGCUGCACAAGCUGUUGUAGAGCUCUAUCCAACCCCUUUCUUACUGGCAAAGGCAUACUCGAUACUUGAUGGUGAUAUCCCUGCACAAGAGAAGAUGUUAAAGAACGAGAACGAGAUGGUAAAUGCAGGAGCAAGCCGAAACAUAUUUCACUUUGUCUGGGGUGAUGGAGGAAAUACUCUGGACCCAGUUCCGAACUAA